AUGUCUCCUCCAUGGUUUGAUGGCCUUCGACAAAAUUCAUCUCGAACGCGGGACACACUGGUGGGCCAAGUGGGAGUAGUGUCUCAUGUUCCUGAUGAGAUAUUGAAGAACAUUCUCUCCGAAGCAGACCAGUUCGACGCCCGACGACCAUUAUGGAUGGGCCUCAGACGUAGUGAUGAAACACAGCUGAACGUCACGUCUUCGCCCAGUAACGAACAAUGGGUAUGGAAAUACAUUCAAACUUUGCCUCUAGAAGAUCCAGAGUAUCGACGAACUCUAACAGCAGUUGAAAUCAACGACAUAUGGUGGAAAGCAUUUUCGCCAAUGGCCCAAGGUCAAACACCGUCGGCAAAGGGACUACUUUCAAUACUACUGCUUGCGUGUAGUGGUCUCGGAUCAGUAGUACAUACAGGGGCCGCACCUAUAGAGAUCAACCACUUGAAGGUCGUAUCGUAUUUGAUUCUCUCAAGUCGAGAAGCUUUGGAGUGCGACUUCCCCCACGGUGCUGUUCACGGAGAUGUUCGAAUGGGCUUUUCGACACGUCAUUAUCUUCGUAUGCAUCUCAACAGAAAACGCCUUCUCGUCAACGUAGUGGAAGCAAAGGGGGAGAACGGUGAAUUGUACUACCCGACCUUCCUGCUGGAUACGAAUACCUGGUCAUUGUACAUUUACUUCGCAGCAGGUCCAGGAAGUGUCAGAAACGAAAUCGUCAAGCUUGUAGCAGUGGCAGUACGGCAGAUGUUGGCGUGGGCGGGAUUCAGACCAACAAUCAAUUACUACGCGCCGCCAAUAACGACAGUAUACGCAAACGACGUUUUUGGGCACGCCAUGAUCGACGUCUUUAUGAUUUUCCUCACACUCCGAGGGUGGGUUGGACUCGACUACAAGUCUGUGAUGAGGGGCCGGCCUACUGAACCAGGCAUCAAGGCAGACCUGGAGAAGAGCUUCAUCAUCCCACAACGCGACUGGACGCUUGGAGAGUUCUGGGGCAGCUCGCGUACCGACGGCAAACAGCCAAUCGGGCCAUACAUGGGGAUGGAAUCGAGGAGUGCCUAG